GAAUCUUGGCUCCUCUUCUCCUAGGGGAUUUCCUGGUCGGGAUGAGAUGGCAGUAAUGACAUGAAGUCAUAGAAUUUGUGACAUUGGAAUAGGUCAUUAGCUUAGUGCUUUAACAACAUGGUGAAUUCACCCAUGAAUAUGAGAUGAAAGGAAUCUUUCAUCUGCAAUUACAGAAAAUAUUGAAUUACACAUAUGGGAAUGAGAGAUUACAAGCAUGAGAAAGGUGACUGUGUAGAAUACCACACCCAUGUCUGAGAGUAUAAAAACACCCCAGUCCAGGAGGUGACAUUAAACCUCAAAAUCUCUUCCUUGUCACUCAGCUGAACUCACAUCUCCUCUCAAGAUGUCCUACAACUGUUGUUUUAGAAACUUCUCCUCCUGCUUCCUUGGGGACCAUCUGCGCUACUCAGGCUCCUCAUGUGUCUCUUCCUACCCCAGAAACCUGGUCUACAGCACUGGUCUCUGCUCUCCCAGCACCUGCCAGCUGGGUUCCUCUCUCUAUAAAGGCUGUCAAAAGAUCCGACGACGUGAGCCCAUCAGGUGUCAGACAUCUCCUGUGGUGACCAUUCCCUGCCAGAAAUCCUGCCACCGCCCAAGGACCUCCACAUUCUACAGUCCCUGCUGGACAACUUAUGCUGGGUCUCUGGGCUCUAGGUCCAGCAGAAGCUGCUCCCUGGGCUAUGGAUCCAGAAGCUGUUACUCACUGGGCUGUGGAUCCAGUGGCUUCAGACCUCUGGCUUAUAGAGUCUGUGGUUUCCCUUCCCUGAGGCUUGGAUCUGGAUCCUGCUAUCCAACCCGCCUUGUCUCUAGGAGCUGCCAGUCACCAUGUUACAGACCAAGCUGUGGAUCUGGCUUCCACAGAUCAGCUUGUUGAGAAUUCAGAUGUUUUGAGCCAUAUGUCCAACCUCUAAACAGAGCAUCUAUCAUCUUCAUAAUCUUCAGGAAAGACAAUGGCUCUUCACUUUUUUCCAGUCAUAAGAUACUAACCAAAACAAACAAACAAAAAA